UAUUGGAGAGGAGAUCUCUCCCACGCCACUUUCAGAAUGCUUAGUGUCAUGUGGUUCCUCCGAGCGUUCUUCACGGUUCAGGAAGCUCUUGAGGCCACGAACGACCCCGGUGGAGCAGAGCAGACCAAGUGCGAGCUCAAAUCAUCUCCGCGAGGAUGGAGAAAGCAGGAGUCGCACUUUUCACAUGAAACGUGGAAUAAUGAGCAAUUUUCUGCUCUUUCGGAGGUGGAACAUCUUUACCCAGGACUGAAUUUUCAAAAUAGACCUGAAGAGACGGUUUAUAAAGUGCAAGAAGAAGGGACGAAUGCAUGUUCCAGAGAGCAGGAAAUACAAUACACCAACACAUUUGAUGCAAACGAAAAAGAAUUAAACCAUCACCACAUUAACACACACUGUGAAAAACCUACAGAGGAAACACAGGAAAGAUUGUUUGUCUCGACUGAUGGUCUCAAUACAAACAAACUCAACACAAAAUUUUAUCAAGGAACAAGAGAACUGAAACCGCAAGACACUGAAAAAAGAAAUCUUCCAGGGAAACACUGCGCAGGUACAGACAAUGAAGAGCGUACAUGGUCGAAACGUAUAGAGAAAAAUGAUGGAAAUAUACUGGAGGACUAUGAACCACAUGAUGGGACACAAAACUUGCCAGAAAAACACUGUGAACAAACCGGACUCGAAGUCAGAACUUGUUCACAAACGGAUUUGUCUUAUUUAAACGGAUACGACAAGCACAACUUCGCGAACACAAGCAUAUGUAGUGCAGAGACACACAAAGAUAUCCACAGCAUCAAACACACACACAGCGACAGGUUACACAUUGCACAGGACAAACAAAAAAUACACUCGUCUGACUGCAGAGAGGUAAGAAUCAGAUAUACUGGUGCACUGAGCUGCUGUCAGGACUCGGACCUACAGAAUUUAGAUAUACACUGUCCAGAAAGGUUUAUAAAUACACAACAGACCACAUGCUUUCAAGAAAAACAUGACACAUCUGGGUGUGAAAAUAUCCAACACAGGGCAUCACCAUCUCAGGAUGAGGCAUGUGAUGCCUUACUAAGCAGUAGUGAACAUGCAACACAUGAGAACAAAAAACACUCAGGUGUAAAAGGAAACAAAAGACUAAACACUGCUGUGCACUGCAAAGACGCUCUGAUUGUUUUCAAAAACUCCAUAGUGGAGAUCACACCAUCCAAAGGGGUUGGGGAACACAUCUCAACACACCUCAACACCUGUGAUGGUAAUACCCAGUCUCGAGAAACACUGUGUGGAUCAGGAAUCCACUCGUUACAUUUGGGAACUGAAUCUGUGAACUGUCAACAGUCUACUGGAGAAGCAGAGACGCAAGACUUAGAGUCCAGGGUCUCAUUAUGCUCCAAAGACUGUGAGAAUGUUGACGGGGUCUUUUGGCUAAACCCGAGAAGUGAGAACAAGAAGUCCACACUGUCUUAUACUGGAGGGUUUGUGGCCAAAGAGGACCAAAGGAACCGAUCAGAGGAAAAGUUUUGGGAGGAUUCCUCCUUUCCACAUACCCUCUCACCACCAUGUAGUUCUGUGGCAAGACUUGCAGAAGACAUCACCCUCCUCCGAGUACAAAACGAGUACAAGGAUGGUAACUCCCACAGCCCAGAGUUCUUGAUAACCUCUGGUAACUGCCUUGACGCAACACGUUACCCCUUUUUUACAGACGGGAAAGCAAAUGAUCGAAGCCAGGAACUGCCAAAAUGUGAGGAGGUGGAGGAUUGUUUGUAUUUAAAACAUGGACAGAGUAUAGACCAUGAGCUUCAACCUCCAUUCCCUUCAUUCGAGUCAGAAAGUUCGGAGAUAUCUUCAAACCCUGUUAAAACAGAGGCCACACUAGUUGCCGUUUUUCAGCCAACACACGAGCAUGAGCGGUGCAUCCAUGCCUUAAAAAAUCACACAUUGUCUAUUGAUUUAAAACAAAAGAAAGGCAUUUCUGCUCCCAAAGAAAAUGUCAGUGUGAUCCCAUUUUUAAGAACUAGCCCAAUUAAGACUGCUGAAGUCUCCAAAGCUAGUUUUUUUGAAAAGGACAAUCUACAUCCAGAUCAGAUUAAACCUUUCUGGAAUUUUCCUGGGUACAGGAACACAGCAUUAGACAAUUCAGCAGAGAUCAAAAAAGCUGUCUAUAACCCAUGGUUGGAACCUUUUUCGGAUGGUCCAGAAAGUGAUUCUGAGGACAGUGAUCGAGCCAGUUCUUUUGCUUUGACCUUCGACCAUAAUGAAGAAGCACUUCAGCAGGGCUUGGCCAAUAUCAAUGGUCUAAGAAAACAUUCAGAUAUUCUGUUCCCUGUAGACUGGAGCAGUGGGGAUUCAGCAGUCUCUGGGCUAGGUGAAGAUCUAGAGAUUAUUUCCUCUGAUUUAUACUCAUCACAUGUGGAGAGCCUUGAACAACCGACGGAGAAAGAGUACCUUGAAAAGGACACAUGUUUAAAACUUGAAUGUAAUUUAGAGAGGAAUGAGGAUAAAUUGCACAAUGACCAUAAGUGUCACAUAGACUCAUGUUUUGCACAAUCGGUUCCUCAUCGACUCGGUCCACCUACACAAUCGGGGCAAUGCAAAGAUAUUGACCAUAUACACACUUCCCACUGUGGCUGCAUUCAAGAGACUGAUUUAGGUUCAAUCAGCUCCCAGUCACAUCGGCCAGGCAUUGAUGCUGUUACAUUUUCAUCAGGUUAUCUAGAGACACAGAAUUCCUAUAAGCAGGACAAACAGAAAGAGUUCUCCAGCUCAACUCAGCUUAAAGUCCAUAAUGGCAUCAGGAGCCUUGAAGAUAAAGAAGACAGCACAUUAACACUUUCUGGAGGCAAAACAAUACGUUACACCCAAUCUGACGCCCUGAUCACAUCCCGAAGCCUGGAGACUAUUCCAGAAACUGACUGCUCUCUUGAUAACUUUCCUAAUCACGAUGAUGAUACCUUUCUAGGUGACAAGAAAACAGAAACGGAGAAGUUUGAAAGGGAAAAAAUGAAAUCCUCAGAGUCAGAACAGGAGAUUCUUGGGGUUGCUUCCUGUGAGCACCGUUUGUCUGUAUGCAAAGGAAUGUCUGAGGACCAGCCAAGUUCUGCUCCCUCAGACCACAACGAGGACAAGUUUUUGCACAAUAACGAAGCCAAGUCAAUCAAGUGUCUGUCCACGGGAUCUUUGGAACAGGACACGAGCAGCAUUAACAGUGAGGAUCAAGAGGAGCAGAGGUCUUCUCUUUCAGAUCCUACUUUAAAAUUGCAACAAGCAAAAACUAAAGUCAAGCCAUCCAAAUUUUCCGUUUUCUCCAAAAUGCCCUCAUUCAGAAGAGGAAAGGGUAUGGUAAGAGAUGAGAGGGUAAGUAAAAGUGAUAUUUCACCCCAGGACUCGCAGGACAGAGGGGAUAACCUUCUUUUCUAUAGUGGUCAACUGAGUCAGGACGCCGUACGAGACCCGGACAACUCAGAUGAUGAUGUUUUCUAUAAAAUUGAGGCUGGAAAUAAGCAACCAGGGCUCCAGGUAGAUACAGAAGGGGAAGAGGAGGAAGAGGUGUUUAAUCAGGUCCAGGGGACAGGGAAUAUGGAGGGUUUGGAGAUGCCCCAACUUAAGCAGAGCACAGGUACUGAAUGCACAAGCUGCAGAAGGAGCAAAAGCACAGAAGGUCUGAGCUUCCGUUUGCGCUUUGCCCAGGCCCACAAGUCUCUGUCGAGCUUUUUUGAGUCUCGUUCCAUAGAUAAGUACAUCGAGUGUCCGGAAUCAGAGGAUACGCGAACCAAGCUCUCAUGGCGGAAGCAGAAACGGGUGAAAGAGGUGGAUCUUCUAAGACGUACAAUGUCUGUGCCAGAUACAGACAAAGAUGGAAAUAAAGCAAUACAAUGCCACACUGAUCCACUCGGCAAGCGAGGUUUCUUAAGAGAUGGUGCAUCCCUGCAGGAUGGCAAAUCCAACGGGCGCAACAGGAGGUGCUUGUCGAUUAACUUUAUUGAUUCCUCUGUGGCCUCACCUACUACUGACCCUGGUCCCAUCUCACCUAUGAUCCCAUUAGCCAGUCAGCAGUCAUCUUGUUCUAAAAUGCCACAAGGGAGCAGUGACAACCCAGAAUCCCCUGUGAGACCAAUGAGUCCCAAACCAAGCAGUCCAAGGUCUGCAGGGCAGAAACAGCGAUUCCGGUACCCAUCUACACGGACAAACACUCUUUCUCUAGUUAUUCUUGGCCAGAGUGUUAGUAUUUCGGAUCCCCCUGAAAGACCAAGGUCCCUUAAACCUAAAAUGGGGCGCCAGGGCUCUCUCAGCCCACAGGGUACCAGCAUCGCCCUGGAGGAUGGUAGCAGAGACAGCCCUUCUCCCAUCAGCAUCAAUUCUUCUAUGACGGACAAUGAUCUUGAGCCUAGCAUAUCACUGAAGGUAUCUCCAGGAAGUCCUAACCUCUCCAGUCUAUCUAUGGUCACGAACAUGGCUAAUAGUUCUCCUGAUGGAUCAUCCAGUUCAAGGACCAGAUCUGGAACAAGCAUUAGCACUGGUGCGACCUUACCCAUGCAGUACGGAUUGCAAAGACACUGUUUUAGGGAUGAUUUGUGGAUUGAGGAGGAGAAGAAGCGGCAGAGGAGGCUGACGAGGAUCACGCCUAAGAGGGGCCCUUACCUUCUACAGGAACUAGAGGAAGGGAGAACCCGACUGUCUCUAUGUGCUUUAAAAGUACUUCCUGGAAUGCCACUCCGAAGUCUGAGCUUCUCUCACAGCACCCCUAUUGGGCUGGACUGCCUCGACUGGAGACGCCGCAUGUCCUCGCCUGCGGUGAUUGUUCCUGAUGGAGCCCCUGAGAAGCUGGGUUUAGGCGACGAGGCCGGCAGCGAUGAGGACCUUUAUGAGGAGCUCCGCAGUACAGGACAUCGCUUCCCUCAUCCAGGAGGAGCAGGAGAGCAGCUAGCCAUAAACGAGCUGAUCAGCGAUGGCAGCGUGGUGUAUGCCGAGGCAUUAUGGGAUCACGUCACCAUGGAUGACCAGGAACUCGGCUUUAAGGCUGGAGAUGUCAUUGAAGUAGUGGACGCCACCAACAAGGAGUGGUGGUGGGGACGCAUCCUGGACAGCGAGGGCUGGUUUCCAGCCAGCUUUGUCAGAUUGCGUGUAAACCAGGAUGAGCCGAUGGAGGACUACCUGGCACAGCUGGAGGAGGCUCAGGAGGAGCAGAGCUCUGGGGUUGGGCUUCUCCUCGGACCUGGCCUGCCCUGCAAAGAGCAGAUGAGGACCAACGUCAUCAACGAAAUAAUGAGCACCGAAAGGGAUUACAUCAAACAUCUGAAGGACAUCUGUGAGGGUUACAUCAAGCAGUGCCGGAAACGCAUGGACAUGUUCACAGAGGAGCAGCUGUGCACCAUCUUUGGGAACAUCGAGGACAUCUAUCGGUUCCAGAAAAAGUUCUUGAAAUGUCUGGAGAAAAGGUUCAACAAGGAUGAGCCUCAUCUCAGUGAAAUCGGCUCCUGCUUUUUAGAGCAUCAAACGGAUUUCCAGAUCUACUCUGAGUACUGUAACAACCACCCGAACGCCUGCGUCCAGCUCUCCAAGCUAAUGAAGCUCAACAAGUACGUGUUCUUCUUCGAGGCCUGCCGUCUGCUACAGAAGAUGAUUGACAUUUCUCUGGACGGGUUCCUCCUCACUCCUGUCCAGAAGAUCUGCAAGUACCCACUGCAGCUGGCCGAGUUAUUGAAGUACACCAACCCCCAGCACAGGGACUACAAAGAUGUGGAGGCGGCUCUAAACGGGAUGAAGAACGUGGCCAGGCUGAUAAACGAGAGGAAGCGGCGUCUGGAGAACGUUGAUAAGAUCGCUCAGUGGCAGAGCGCAAUCGAGUACUGGGAGGGUGAAGACAUCCUCAGCAGGAGCUCAGAUCUGAUCUACUCUGGAGAGCUCACAAAGAUCUCUCCACCUCAUGCCAAGAGCCAGCAGCGCAUGUUUUUCCUUUUCAACCACCAGAUGGUCCACUGUAAAAAGGAUCUGCUGCGCCGGGACAUCCUGUACUACAAAGGUAGGAUGGACAUGGAUCAGAUGGAGGUGUUGGACGUGGAGGACGGGAAGGACAGGGAUCUGAACGUGAGCGUGAAGAACGCGGUGAAGCUCCGCUCGCUCGCUGGAGACGAGGUUCAUCUCCUGUGUGCUAAAAAACCCGAACAGAAACAGCGAUGGCUCCGGGCCUUCAGAGACGAGAGGGAACAGGUGCAGCAUGACCGAGAAACAGGUUUUUCCAUCACAGAGGUGCAGAAGAAACAGGCCAUGCUCAACGCCUGUAAAAGCCAUCCAGCUGGAAAACCUAAAGCCGUGACCAGGCCCUACUACGACUUCCUGCUGCGGCAGAAACACCCAACUCUUCCCACCAGCCUCCCGCAGCAGCAGGUCUUCAUGCUGGCCGAGCCCAAACGCAAGAGCUCCAACUUCUGGCACAACAUCGGCAGACUGACACCUUUCAAAAAGUGAACGAGUCCAAGAAAGAAAGAGAGAGAGAAGCUCUCAGCUUGUGCCUGAACUUUACCCGUCUAUCCUCAUUUUAUUAUUAUUAUCGUUAUUAUUAUUUUUUGCAUCGUCAUGGUUGUACCUCCAGGCCGCGCCGCAA